CGCCAGCUCGCUUGACUUGCCAGCCAUGGGAAGUGGCGCAAGCAAAGGUGGGCGGCAAGACCACGGCCGCAUGGUGCCGGCAACGCCGAGACAGAGUGCAGCGCAGCUGUUGCGGGACCAAAGCGAGGAUGUUGUGGUGCCGGUCGGGAUGCACGAGAACAGUGGCGUGCUCAUGGACAAUGAGCCGGUGCUGGAACCUGCGCUGAUCCGCUGCCGGGACGGCCAGUUUGAAGAUCAGUUUGUGAGCGUGGCCAGCGCCGGCUUGGAGGUGGAGCUCAAGUGGAGUCGCUGCGAGGGCUGCGUCAUCCGCGAAGUGGCCCAUGUCCAGGGACAGCACGUGCAUGUCGCGGGUGGCCUCUGUGUCCACUUGACAUCCCCGCCACCGCGCAUCAAGGACAGCCUCGGCCGCAGUGGCAGCGGCAGCGGCAGCGACGAUCCUGCUGCGGAUCCAGAUGACUACGACAGUUCCAUGCUUGUUCGGCUUCUGCGUCGCCAAGACUGCCUGCUCGCCAUCUUCACCAACCGGUCUGAGAAGCCUCAGGGAGUACUGCGUAUUGAAGUGACUCCGCCAAUUCAACACGUGGUCACUGCCACAGACGCCGAGAUGCAGCCCGCCUUCAUCGAAGUGGACCGGGGUGCAAGCGUGCGUUGGGAAUGGAGUCACCAGCAAGAAGGCCAUGCGCUUCGUGGCCUCAGCGAACCGCUCCCACAGCACGCCACACACACGGGCAGCCGCGUGCUUACCUUCACUGACCCGUUGGGCUACACGUUCACCACCACAGGCGCGAACAUGUGCCACGUCGUGGUUCGGCCCACAUCCAUUGCGCACUGUGUGUCCGUUGAUGCGCAGGGCGCGCUCGGCGUCACCCGGCUCGCUGCAUUCCAAGGCGACCGAAUUGUGUUUGACUGGCAAGGGCGAUCAAACGCAGACACGGCCGCCGACAACAUCGUGCAAGUGUCGCCGUCACCGCUUGGAUGGCGACUGGAGCGGGAGGAGUUCAGCAGCGGAUACAGGCCGCAGCACCACCCCGGCUACUGCUUCUUCCACUGCCGCGACGUCGGUGCCUUCUACCUCGCCGUGCACGAUCCAUCCAAGGACACAUUCACCAGCAUCGUCUCUGUGAUUGUGCUGCCACUGCCAAAGCAUGUGAACCUGACGGUGGACGUGGAACAGGACCAGCUCAGCGCAAAACAGCUCGUCAUCACGACCAACGACAUGCUCAUCAUGCACAGAUCCGACGGUGACGUGCAUGACACCUCUCACGCCUUUCACAUCAAGCGCCUGACACCGCGCGGCCUUGGGCCUUUUGCUCUUCCACCGUCAGCCCAGGAUGAGCGUGAAGAGCUCGCGGCGCUCGCCCACCAGUUCCUGCGCCCGGGCGUGUACGCCCUGACGCCACACGGCUCGUCAGCGACCACCACCGUCAUCGUGACGAAGGGUCUACGCUUGCACCGCGUCAACGUGUGGGCGCAGGGCUUUCAACCAGAAGUGCUCACCAUCUCAAGGGGCGACAUUGUCAUUUGGACAUGGUCUGCUGAUGCGCCACAUGGACUCUAUGAGGUUGACUUCAACAACAUCCCAACUGAGGCCGCCUCGUCCAUGCGCGCGUGUUCCCUGCUUGCCGGCACGUUCAUGGUCACGUUUUCCUCCCCGGGUGCACGCUACUUCCGCAGCACCGGCCACGAGGCCAAGCAUCGUGUGUUUUGCGCCCCGCUGACAUGUGUGCGUGUGUGUGCGUUGUUGUUGUUGUUGCUGUUGUUGUUGUUGUUGUUGUUGUUGUUGUUGUUGUUGUUGUUGUUGUUGUUGUUGUUGUUGUUGUUGUUGUUGCCUGUGCCCGCCCUGUGGUUACAGCAACAGGAGGAGGAUGAGCCGUGCUUGGACGUGCAUGCAUUCGAUCAGCUCUGCGUGUUUGUUGAUGAAAGCGACAGCGCGUCUUCUGCCCCUGCCCCGCUGAGUGUCACGUUUCCAUCCCCCAGCCAGGACAGCAGCACCACCAACGCCACUUCCACUGCUACCGUCACCGCUGGCGCCCCUGUGCUCCUGCAGCCGUGCAAACCGGGCGCGUAUCGCCUUCAGGUCACCUCAUACCCUGAUGGUGGUGAUGGUGGUGGCGGUGGAGAGGCUGAGGCCACAACGCACCCGCAGCAACACCAGCAAACGCGGCGUGUGUGCGUGCUGGCAGAGGCAAACUGCAUUGACUCCGUCGCCGUGCGCGUGUCGAUGGCUGCCGGCUUCUGCCCGGCCGAUGUGACGGUGCGAACCGGCGGUAACGUCCUCUUCUUCUGGUAUGACACCGAUCAGCCCCACAAAAUUGUGCAGUUCUUUGACGAGGACGAAGAAGAGAUUCCGCCAGCGUGGUUUGAGAGCGACGAGAAAGAAGCAGGCGACUUUGUCGUCACAUUCAUGCGUCCAGGCCUGUACACUGCGCGGAGCACAGCGCUACCCUCCGACGUGCUGUGUGUGAUUGAGGUUGCUGACGACGCACCAGAUGUGGCACCCGUGACGUUUUUCCCAGACCCUUUGCAGGGCGUGUGCCCCCAUAUGCCGCUGCACCUCACAUGCAACACGCCGGGCUCCAAGAUUUACUGCACGGUGGAUGGCAGCCGCCCAACACACGACACCAACGUUGCCGGGAACGCCCUGUAUCGGCGCUUUGGCCCAAUUCUCCUGCAGGAACAAGACCUGAUGGUGCGUGCGCUCGCCAGCGCGGAGGGCCACGUGGACGUGCUCUCGCGCACGCCUGUUUUUCGCUUCGACUCCGAUGCCAGCAUGCAGCGGCGGUGGGCGCACCUCACCAUCGUCUCCCACACCUUUGACGGCGACCACCAAGACGCUUACACCAGCACCUGUGGAGAUGUUGCCCCGUACGUCCUUGCGCUCAAGUGGUCGUCCCUGCACGAUCUGCACUGGCUCGGGUCCCGUCUGGUUGUGAGCACACAUGAUGGAGAGCGGAUCACGCUUGCCGUUGCCCACCUGCUCUCUGCAUUCGACAGUGAAGCACCCACCCUGCACGACGCAAUCAGCCCAGCGGCUGUUGGUGGCGACAGCGUUGACGGCAAUAGUGCUGCGGACGGCGCCAACACCAAUGACGACGACGACGUGCUUGCUGACACUCAGCUGAACACGCGCGUGAAGCUGAGACGCCGCAACAGCAGCACACACGCCAUCGACGCAGCGGUGCUCAACAAGGGCACCGGUGCGCGUGCUGUCUGGGUUGACCGCAGCAAGAGCACGCUCUAUGUGCGUUUGAGUGAGCAGCAAGUGCAACGUGUUGAGGCGCAGCAGGCUGCAGCCGCUGACACCAGCAUACCUGUGGCUGUUGCUCUGCGGUCGUACUCGCAUGUGCUGCCGGAGAAACGCGUGGCCGCCAUCAAGCUUCAGCCCCGCACCCCGCAGUCGUGUGCUCGGGCGUUCUUGCAUCGCAUCGCUCCGCGCGUCAUGGCCGUGGCGUCAGGACCUCUUGCGGCCAAGCUCGUGCUCUCAUGGGAUGCGGCUGAACUCACCCAGCUGCUUGCUGCCUGCAACCCCAUCAUGCCCGGUGCAGCCAUGUCCAGGCUUGUGCUGCACUUCCUCCCCGACGCCCCAGGCCACGUGUCCACCGCGCACGUUAACCUUGCGCCAAACACCACCAGCACAACCGUCUACUUCGAUGCCCUGCCCAACGUGCCACGCGGCUCUCAUGCUGCCGUUUCGCUCGAGAUUGUGAUUGAGAGCGCAGCGUCGCUUGGUCGUCCCCACACUGCGCGCCAGCCCCUAUCGCUGGUGGGCAAGGAUCAGCUCAUCUUGGACAUCCCCGCCUGCCACCUGCAGCCGCCGCAGCCACUGGCUGACCCAGUUCCUGGCGGCACCCGCUACCGUGUGGAGGUGCCGGGGGUGCUGGCACCAAAAUCAGCGACCCGCGUCGUGCCCGUGGCUGAUUUGAAACUGCAGAUUACGGACGGUGUCAUGACGGCAAACGUGGACACAGACAGCAUCAGAGAAAGCAAUAGUCGGCAGUGUGACGUCAUGCUCCCACACAACAACAGCGGUGAUGGCGGCGACAGCGAUGGCCGUCGUGUCUACGUGCGUCUCUUACGCGUGCAACACAAUGAUGAUGAUAAUGAUGAUGAUGAUAAUGAUGAUGAUGGCGGUGACGGUAGUGAUGGACAGUCAAGCCACGACGUGCGACUCUCCGAAAUUGCCCGGUCUGCACCGACCACGGGCCCUGCACCACUGGCGUCGCCCUCCUCGUCGUCUGCGCGAGGUGGCGAGCUCUCGACUGUGCAGGCGCCAGCGGCGAAACUACCGGCCAUUCCAGGGCCAACCCUUCGCGUUGCAACGGACAUGCACGGUGCUCGUGUCGCCUUGUCGCACGACGCACCGCUCACAUGUCUGCAUCUUCUUCAGCUUGAGGAAGACCAGAACAAGAAGACGAACAAGUCAGGUGCAGAGUCGCAGGUGACCGUGAACACUUACAGCGGCAGCGGAGGCAGCGGCAGCGAUUUGAUGCGCUUCCGGCCUACAGUGGACUGGCUGCAGCAACAUCAUACCAUGCCGGUUGUGCCACUGCAGCACGAGCCCGUUGCUGCGCGUCGUGGUCUGGCGUACAUCACCGAUGUCGACACGAUUGAGCUCAAGGUUGCUGGCGACGGGGCCCGCGUGCACGUGUCAGCAGCACUGGUGCCAGUGAACAUGCACUUCCUGUCGUCGCUUCCGCUGUCGUCCUGGACCAGUGUGGACGUGGACUUGGUUGGCCAGAGGGUUGAAGCACCCCAGGUCAUUGUCAAAGAGGUUGGCUGGCAUGAGGUGGAGCUGCAAGUGUCCGUACCAGAGUCCAUUACGGACAUUGCCUUCUACUGGGAUGGCACCCUGCAUGGUGUUCGCAGCACCUCCGGGCGCCACGUUCAGCUGCGCUACAGCCUCCCCUUUGACGACCUGCACGUUAUGGGCGAGCCGCGCUCUCUCCUGGUGGUACCGCUCCGAGCGCAAUCAGCGCCACUGCUGCUGGCACGGACAAGCCAGCACCAGCAUCAGCAUCAGCACCAGCAGGGACCGUCAAUAUAUCGGCCCGUGGUGGAUUUGACGGUCGACGUGGAAGAGCUGAAGAUUGCGUACGCGCAGCAGACGGCCCGCCACUCUGUCGCAUUCGCGCUCGAGGCACCAACAGAGGCGGAUGACGAGGAAGACGAUGGCGAGUACGCGAGCGACUUUGAACCAGACAGUGACGACGAGAGCGGGCAGACGGGACGGGUGCAACACGACUCGCUCGUGCUGCGCUGGAUGGCAACGAGCGACAUCACGAGCGCUCACCAUGACGUUGACAUCAAUGACCUUCCGCGCAUGGAUGUCCACGCAAGUUUGCAGUGCAGUGGCAGCGGAGGCGAGACGCUCGUGUCGACCAAGGCUGCCGAGAUGGCUGUGCCGCUGGAUGCGCUGACGAGUGCCCAGGAUGAGGGAGUGCACACAUUUGUCGUGGCGGUUGAGUGUCGCCGCACGGGCGCAUCAGCGGUGACGAGCGCCUUUGGGUGGCGGCCGACAGCGACCCAGGUUCGCGUGGCCUCGCCAGCGGUACUGCUGCCUCGCUGGUACAGCGUUGAUUUUGAUCUCACGCGCGCGGAGCAAGCGCAAUUGUGGUCAGAUGCUUCAACUGGAACGUUUUCUGGUGUUGUGUUUGUCUGGGCAACGCAUGAAACCCUGGAGUUGGAUCCACGGCUUGGUUUGCCAGAAGAUUACGUUCGCGCACGCAUGGUUGACAACGGCAACGCUGACCAUGCCGUGUUCUUCGACGAUACCACACGCGUCUCUGUUCCCAACCUUGCUGCCAACAGUACCUAUUCCUACGCAUUGUUCCUCAAGUUUGGCGGUGUUUACCACUGGGUGAAUUCUGGUACAUUCACGACGCUCUCGCAAGACCUGCUGCUGCUGAAUGCCAAUUCCGUGACGGCGCACGGCGUUGAGCUGGAGUGGAUGGAUCACAUGGCCCAGGACGACAUCACGGGUGUGCUUUCCACGCCAUCAGGAGAAGACGACGCCACGUUCAAGGUCGACCUGCACGAUUUGGACACCGACAAGCACGCACUUGUCACGGUCACAAAGGAGCAGAGGAUCGUGUGGCGAGCAGGGGUUCCCGCACAUCAAUAUCGCGCCAGCGUCAAGCGAACGUCACUAACAGGAGCUGAUGUUGUGGCCCAUCACUCGCAUUCUGUCACAUUUGAGAUUCCUCAGCUCGUGGUCCACGCCCCAACCAUCGCAAGCGUGACCAGCAAUUCCGUCACGCUGGAGUGGAGCGGGUUCAGUGUGCACCCUGGAGGCGAGUUUGCUGCGUCCGUUGUGUGGGAGUGCACGGCGCCUGCGCCAUGGUCUCAGAUUGACGAUUGGACGCCCUCGACGCAGCUGCUGCAUGCUGGUGCUGGAGCUGGUGCUGGGCCCGCAGCCGAAGCAAAUGAGUCCACGACGACCAAAGGCCGGCUUGCCAUUGCACGAGCAAGUGCUGAGAGGAUUGUGGUGCAGGAUCUCCCGCCGUGCUCCACGAUCCAACUACAUGUGGUGCUUGAAGCCAAGGAUGCACUGGCAAGGACACACGGAUUUACACCAGACGACAUGCGCAGCUCCGCCCUUCACACCCAGCUCCCUUCAGCACCCACACCGCCUCGUUUGUUCAUCGCGGGUGUCGACACAUCGUUCAACAGCAUGGAAUUGAUUUGGCGCCAUGCCAGGAGUGGCGACAGUGCGGUGCGCUGCGAUGGCUAUCGGCUCAUGAUGAACGGUUCGAAGAAGCUUGCGGCCACCGCUCCCGAUCAAGGACGCGUAUCUGUACCAAUGGGUGUACUGGCAGACAGUGAUGGCGAGACGUCGUUGAGCAUUGUGGCCGAUUACAUAGACAAGCAAGGCCACACCUUCUCAUGCCAGUCCAAGCCUGUGUCGGUCCCAAACCACAUCAGCGACAGCGGCAAGACCCGUGGUACUCACGCCCCUUCUUCACCAGCACUCAGCUGGCACGUGCGUGCCACUGCGCAUGCGAACACAGGAUGUGACACGACUGGUCACAACACGGCGCGUCUGCACGUGCACCCUGCGUUUCCAGGAGACACGAAGCUUGAAUGCCAGGCGUGGUUGCACGUUGGCGAUGGUGACGUUCCGACAGUUGAGAGCGGCUCUGACGACAACGGCACCGGCCUCAUCGUUGUGUCGCUGACGCGUCUUGAUUCGUCAAAGCACCCGCCACCAUCUGUGACGUUGGGGGUUGUGGCAGAGGCGGCGCCGUGGUGGUGCCAAACCGAUGAUGUGUGCCGCCGCCAGGCACGUGCAUGCAUCGUGCAGGUGCCGCUGCCACCGGCCUCCAAGCAAUCGUCAGGGCUGCAUGUGCUUGUGGAACGACUGCAAGCAGGCUGUGUGCACACGGUGGGCGUCGUGCACGCCAACACUUUGGAAUGGCUCUCGCUGCCGGCCUCUGCGUGGAUUCCGGGCCCGAUUCCGCAAGUUGAAGCGCGAGCCGGCGGCAAUUCAUCCAUGACGUGGCGCAUUCUGGGCGACAUGGAGCACCGAGCAGCAAUGCGGCCACGAGCCGUCCACGCGUACGUCAAUGGCACUGCCGUCGCACACUCCACGGACCAGCAGUCGCACAGCAGUAUCACUGGUGUCUACCACACAUAG